AUGUACUGGAUGAGCCGCAGCGACGAAAAGGACCCCGAUACCAGCGACUCUGACGCUAGCGACGAAGAUAUGUUUGAUGACAGUGAUGAAGAGGAUCCCGCCGAUACAGGCGAUGAGGAACUGGACGUCAGCGACAAGGGCAAGUCAAGCGUGCGAGAAGAAGAAACACGAGAGGAAGCCGAGUAA